AUGGAGAAGCAGCUGCCCGUUCCCGACUACGUCUUGAGACGCCGUCGACUCUCUGACGGUUCGAUCACCGCAACCAGAGGCUCCAUGGGAGAAGAAGCAAGUCGCAAGGCACUCGCAGCCCGUUAUGAUUCGGAUCUCGAGCAACCCGCAGACGACAGUGAUCAACCCGCAAGCGAGUCGGAAGUCGAUCCCACUGACCCUCUCCCCUAUCAGCGGUGUGUGCGUCAGCUGUGCGACUAUCCCAGCACUCAUGUCAAGUGCGAGUACGGUCCUGGUCGGUUGAUAUGCGAUCGCUGCCGGGAGGGCAAGCGCCAGUCAGAUGGCUGCCUUGCGAUUCCAAAACACCUCCGCCGUGCCGCACGCGAACUCCUCAUUUCCUCGCAUGAUUUCCGCCAUCGUAACGGUCGCGUUUCGCGUGAGACUGUCCGUGAACUGGCGAAAGCUUUGAGUACCAACAUGGCCAAUGCGACUCGCAUGUACAACAAGUCUGCGCGCGAUGGCGACAAUGAGCUGACCGACCUGAAACCGAGACCAAACGCACCCGCUCUUCAGUCGGGUAGCAAGCGUAAAGCACCGCCCAUCGAAAUCCCCUCUGACGAUGAGGAUGAGUCUCCCGUGCGUCCGCGCAAAACCGCAAAGACAACCGCAGCUCAACCCGCCAGCCCUGCCGCAGCUCUCACUCCCGCCACUGACCGCAAGCCAGCCGUCUCCGAGUCGGCCACAGUCGCAAUCACCCAAAUUCUCAGACAGACAAACCGCAUGCUUACCAUCCUGCAGGAUGUUUCUGAUCGCCUUGCGGCCGUCGAGGAACGCAUGCCUGACGGUGAGGGCAAUUCUGCGGUUCUCGAAGCUGUCGGCCACCAGGUGAAUGAGAUCUUCGAAUACUUGCAACCCAACCACGUCCCGUCUGCUACUCCCGCCAGACCCGACUCCCCUGCGGCUCGCACUGCGCACGCAAGUGAUGAUGAUGAAGAAGCAGACCAGCCAGACGUCGAAGACGACGCAGUGGAGGAGGAUGCGAAUACUGGUGGAAAAGGUGUCGACAAUGCUGGUGUCAAUGACCAGCUCACCGCAGGUUAG